ACAUUUUAAAUAAUCUCUGAACGCCAUCACAGUGAGGGGGGGGCGGGUCUUUACGGCUGGCAGCAGGAAGUUUAUGGAUUACUGAUUACUGAGUGAGAUAUGAAAGCAGUCAAAGGUCACAAAGACGACGACUGAAAGAAUAUACAAACAACCUUCAACAGCACAACUGUUGCAAAAGAACCGAUCUGCUUCAGGAAACAAGAACCAGACACCGUCAACUGAACUGAGGAUUGAGAUGAAGAGUUAACCAGGAAAUAAACGUUAAACAAACACACAGUUUGGUUCUGCUUUCCAGAGACUCGUAUGGCUUCUUGCCUUGAUGAGCAAAAGUUGCCUCUUUUCUUUUAGGGAUUUAAGUUUUUGAUUGUUAAGAAAUUGGGUUUCACUGUGUUGGUUCCUCUGCUGGUUCUCCUCAAGGUUUCACUCUGUUAGUUCUCCUGCUGCUUCACCUGCUGGUUCUCCAGGUUUAAUUCUGUUGGUUCUCUUCAAGGUUUCAUUCUGUUGGUUCUCCUCCAGGUUUCACUUGGUUCCUCUGUUGGUUGCCCUCAAGGUUUCACUCUGUUGGUUCUCCUGUUGAUUCUCCUCCAGAUUUCCAUUUGUUCAUUUUCUGUUGGUUCUUCUCCAGGUUUCCAUUUGUUAGUUUUUCUGUUGGUUCUUCUCGAAGGUUUCACUCUGUUGGUUCUCCUGCUGGUUCCGUGGUUUCACCCUGUUGGGUCUUCUUCUGGUUCUCCUCCAGGUUUCACUCUGUUGGUUCUUCUGCUGGUUCUCCUCCAUGUUUCACUCUGUUGGUUCUCCUAUAGGUUCUCCUGCUGGUUCUUCUCCUGGUUCUCUCAGCGAGUGGCCAUGCUGGGAAGAACAGGACCCUUCAGUGGACGUUGCAGGUUUGAGCUCCAGCAGUCCCGUCACUCCUUUUCCUCCCCUCCCCUUCCGCGUCUCAGACUCCAUUACCCAGCAGGCAGUGAGAGCAGGAAGUACAGGACUGGGCAGGAGGUGGAGCCGAUGAGCUUAGCUCAUGUCAACCGCAUCUUAAAGGCCAACGAAUACAGCCACACCCUGCCCAGAGGCCCCGCCUCCCAUGGUGUUCUGGGUUUCCAUAGCAACAUGCUACCAUCCAACCAUCCCAGCGAGGACCGCCGGAGCAGCGCCACCUGUCUGCCGGGCCGCGGCGGUGUACUGUUCGGCGUGUUCGACGGCCACGCUGGGACAGCCUGCGCUCACGCCAUCAGCCAGAGGCUCUUCUACUACAUCGCGGUGGCAACGCUGCCGUUGAAGACGCUGGCGGAGCUCGAGCGGGCGGUGGAGGAAGAACGGGCCGUACAACCGUUGCUGGAGUGGCACAAACAUCCUCAGGACCACAACUGCCCCGACGGUGGAGCGAUCUCCUUCCAAAGCCUCCGGAACUACUGGCAGGAGAGACUGGCGGGUGAAGAGGAAGAAGAAGAGGAAGAGGAGGAAGGCUGUAGGGUGACAUCGGCGCUGGUCAACGCUUUCCGUCACCUGGACUAUGACCUGUCCGUGGAGGCCCAGGUCCACCUGUCCAUGUCUUCACCCAGACGGGUGUCUCUCCCUGGGGAGGCGUUGUCUCUGUCCUCCCCCCUCCGGGUGGCGCUGUCCGGCAGCACGGCUUGCAUCGCCCACGUCUCCAAGGGCGUCCUGCACGUGGCCAACUUGGGUGACAGCAGGGCCGUCCUGGGCGUCAGGGAGCCCAACGGGAGCUGGUCGGCGGUCAGCCUCACCAACGACCACAACGCACAGAACCCAGACGAGCUGCAAAGGAUUCUGGGGGAACAUCCGCCGUCAGAGCGGAAGACGGUGGUCCGCCACGACCGCCUGCUGGGUCUGCUGCUGCCCUUCAGGGCGUUCGGCGACGUCCGUUUCAAAUGGAGCGCAGAGAUGCUCAGUCGCAUCUACGAAACGCGACAGGACGUCCUGUCUGCGGUCGGCGAGGUGUUCCGGACUCAGCCACCGCACUACCUGACCCCGCCCUACCUGAGCGCGCAGCCGGAGGUCACGCUCCACCGCAUCACACCUGCCGACAAGUUUCUGGUGCUGGCGACUGACGGACUCUGGGAGCUGAUGCACCGACAGACGGUCGUCCAGCUGGUAGGGGAACAGUUGACAGGCCUUCAGCAGCAGAGACCCAUAAUGCCCGGGGUGGGCAUGACACUGGGCAGCCUGCAGCACCUCCUGCUGGAGAGGAAGGGGCGGGUCCUGUCAGUGCUGGAGGACCAGAACUCCGCCACCCACCUGCUCCGUCACGCCCUGGGGGAUGACGGGUAUGGAGCGGUGGCACCAAACCAUCUGGCCAAGAUGCUGAGUCUGCCGACAGAGCUGGCCAGGAGGUACCGCGAUGACAUCACCGUCACCGUCAUCCACCUGAACGAGCCCGACCUUUAAUCAGGAGAUCACCUGCUCGGUAACCACCCAGGUGAUAAAUUAGUAACUUGUAUUUUUAUUCUGAAGAUUUGUUACAUGCUUGUCUGUUGCUCUUUGAACUUAAAUAAUAAAGUUUUGGUUAAAGUUC